UAUCCGGUCGGACCAUGUUAGUUUGAGCAGCAGAAUAAUAAAAAUAAUUCUACACUACUACGGAUAAAACCAGAGUUAAAAUAUUGCUGAUCAUUUCUCACACAAUAUCUCUGUAAAAAAUAAUAAUAAUAACAUACGUUUCUUGUGAAAACAGAAAGACUUCAGGUGGAGAGGAUAAAACGUGUGAGGUUAAACUCUACCGCUGGGUGACGGUGCUACUCGUGUCUGUCUACUAAACAGCUGUCAACACAACUCAUGUCUCCAGAGUUGACUUGUUGUUGACCACCGAAAGCAAACUGGAAGGUCUCACUGAAGUGUGGCAGCCCAGACAGGGGUUGGCCACGCCCCCAGAGGGAGGGGCUAAGACCAAUGUAGACAAACUAAAGGACCGAUUGGUCCUGUUCUCCGCUAACUCCUCACCCUCUUGUAUGGAGCUGGCCAAUAGGAUCGCAGAGAGACUGGGAGUAGAGCUGGGCAAGACUGAAGUCUACCAGGAUUCUAAUGGAGAAACGCGUAUCCAGAUCCAGGAGUCGGUCAGAGGGAAAGACGUCUACAUCAUCCAGACCAUCUCACCGUCAGUUUAUACAAGGAUACACCUGGUGUACACAGGAUGUGAACCGGUGCCUGAUGGAGCUGUGUGUGAUGGCGUAUGGGUGUGUGACGGCGUGUGCGAGGAGUGUGUGUGGCGUGCUGCCGUACCUACCCUACAGUAAACAGUGUAAGAUGAGGAAACGGGGAUCCAUCGUCUGUAAGCUGAUCGCCUCUCUGAUGUGCAGGGCAGGUCUGACCCAUCUCAUCACUGUGGAUCUUCAUCAGAAGGAGAUUCAGGGCUUCUUCAACAUCCCAGUAGACAACCUGAGAGCUUCUCCCUUCCUACUGCAGUACAUACAGGAGGAGAUUCCAGACUACCAUAAUGCCGUUAUCGUGGCCAAAUCACCGUCCUCCGCUAAGAGGGCCCAGUCCCUCGCCGAGAGGUUGCGUGUGUCUAUUGCUGUGAUCCACGGAGAUGCAGAGACGGACCUGCUGGACGGACGGCACUCUCCUCCGACAGUCAGAACCACCGGAGGUCUACCUGAACUACCCUUCUGUAUCCCUAAGGAGAAGCAUCCUAUCACAGUCGUAGGAGAUGUGGCCGGACGCAUCGCCAUCAUCGUGGAUGACAUCAUCGAUGAUGCGGUGGGUUUUGUGGCGGCAGCGGAGAUGCUGAGGGAGAGGGGGGCGGGGCCGAUCAUCGCCAUGGCAACACAUGCCAUCCUGUCUGCGGACGCUCCCAGAAUCCUCCAGGAGUCAGCCAUUAGUCAGGUGGUGGUAACCAACACGAUUCCCCACUCGUCCCAGAAGCUCCAGUGCUGUAAGAUAAAGACGGUUGAUGUUUCUCUGAUCCUGUCUGAAGCUGUACGGAGGAUCCACUGUGGAGAGUCAAUGUCUUGUCUGUUCCACAACAUAGGAGCUGACGACUGAUACACACCAUACACAGACUACACACACACACACACACACACACACACACACACACACACACACACACACACAUACACAUAUGAACGUUUAUUUUCUGCCAAAAUAAACAAUUAAUUGCCA